AUGUCAGAGGGACUCGGACAGCAUGCCCUGACCGCCGCCCUGGCUCCAGGGCAGCUCAUGACCACCCUCGAGCCCGCUCCCCAUGCCGGGAUGGCUCUUUUGGCCAUGGGGGGUAAGAACUCCGCUCGGCGCUCUCUGCCCAAGGACGACCUGGAGAUGAAGAAGCAGCGGCUCAAGCCGGCAGCGGCACCGCGACCGCCCGGCCCUGCGAGCCCACCAGACCUGGCAGCAGAACAGCAGCUCGCUCACGCCCCACCCGGGCCCAAGGACACUGCCCCUGCUGGAGUCAUCAGGGAGCCAACAAGAGGUCAGGCAUCCCACAUGCACCUCUCCACGACCCCGGGAGCCGGGGCUAGUACCAGUGUAUCACAGAGAAGGGGCUAG